AUGUAUCAGACCCGCAUCAGCAACGCAACCUACGGAAAUUCUACAAGCCAUCCUUUAAUUAGAAGCCACUCCAAGUCUGGUCAUCUUGUUUCUCUCUAUGUCUUUAGGUACAAACGCCUCCGAUGUGGUAUGCAAGUGAAACAGGUCGAUCAUGAGGACUUCAGAUUCAGUUACUUCUGCAGAGGGAAGCCUGGACCGCAGCCAUCUAUACUGAUGCUUCAUGGGUUCUCAUUCAGCAAAAACAUGUGGUUAAAUACAAUCAAAUUCUUUCCUACGAACCUCCAUGUGGUCUCCCUUGAUAUGCCUGGUCAUGGAGAAACCACUCGCUUGCUGGGAGAAAGUUACACAGCAGCUGCUCAGGUUAAGAGGAUACACCAGUUUGUCGAGCGCAUUGGUCUGAAUAAGAAGCCCUUUCAUCUGAUUGGUAUUUCCAUAGGUGGGAUGGUUGCUGGGGUUUAUGCUGCUCAGUAUCCAUCCGAGGUCUGCUCCUUGUCCCUCCUUUGCCCAAUAGGUCUGACAUAUCCAAAAGACAAUGAGUUCUUCAAGCGCUCGACGGAGCUGUUACACCUUAAGGAGGCCAAUGACUCCAUUCUUGUUUCUUUGACUACAAAGCAGGAAGGAGACUUACUCAAACUUGGCUUAUACCAUGCCAGCUUCCAUAACAUACAGCUCCUUAGGGGAUAUCUUGAUGAUAAGAGACCACACAGGAUGUUUUUCAUAACAUGUUUCUUAGACAUCAUCAAAGAGGAGUCCAGGCACUGCCUUAACAACAGCACAAGAAAAAUCAGGGCUCCGACACAGAUAAUCUGGGGAACGGAGGACAAGAUCUUUGAUCCUUCUGAGGCGGAAAUUUUAGCAAGGACCAUCCCCAACUCUCAAUUGCAUAUGCUGGAGGAGUGUGGACACUUCAUAACACUAGAUGCACCUGAUAAAUCCGCAGAGCUUCUCUUGGAAUUCUAUACUUCCAUUUGUGACUCAACAUAGAAUAAGAAGAUGGCAUAAGCCUCACAAAGGAGAAAAGCAACUGGAAUAUUCAGAAUGUCUUUUUUACUUCAUAAAUAUAAUAUGAAAGACAUUGUGGGUAUUGUUCAUGUUACAUCAGCAAGGCAGUUGGGUCUUGCUGAUGAAAUGAACUGUGGGUACUGGGUCAUAUAAACACUAACACUGUGUAGCAGAUGAAUAGGUGCUUUCAAGACUAUUAAAAUAAUACAGUUGUGCUUCUGUUAUGUUGCAAAGUACUAUAUACAGCAAUAGCACUAAAUAGUUACCAUUCAUGAGGUGGUCAUAUAGAGAAAGAUGGGCUAAGGGGCUUAACAUGACUCUCAUAAUUAUUUGCCCUUUUCACUGUGUGUUGGAUGUUGCUGGAUACAUGCUCAUUUCUUAGUGCU